UGACAACUGCAUCGCCGGAGGUUAGUGAGAUGACGACGGCACAAGGGACCGAGGAGGAGAGCACUAGCGAAUCAACUACAGCAGCACCCGAGCUCACACCCUCACCUGCUCUGCUGUCACUCAAUAUAAACCAGAUCAUCAGAGACAUUGGAAAAACUUUACUGAAGGAGCCGCCGGGCGACUUCCCGCUCGAAGGUGAAGCCAUCUGCAACGACAUGACAACGGGAGCCAUCCUGGAUGUGCUCUACACGGAAGCUGGACGUAGCAACGGUGAACCCAUCUACGAAAUCAUCGGCGCCAAGAUAAGCUACAUCACGUCCACGUGGAAACUCAGCUGCUCCGGGGCGGAGAGCGUCCGAUGCCGUAACGGCAGCGACGACCUCGAAUCUUUUGCAAUCACUACGAGCGUCGCGUUCACUGAAGUACCUGCAGAGCCGCCUGCACCUGUGAAACGGUAAUAAACGUGUGAUGUCGUCUCCACGAACAAACACCGUUGAAUUCCGACUAGCGUAGGUGGC